UGUUGCCAAUACAGAUUGACUGGUGGGUUCCACCGACUCUUGAGUUAUUUGAUCGAUUGUCUGGCCUUUUUGAUGAUGAUGUUGAUGAUGAUGAUGAAAAGUAAUUACCAUUUCGCUCUGCUACAAAAUUCCUGUGGCAUAAACUGGCAGAAAUGUGACAUUAUUUUGCCCUUGUGGCAAAUGUUUGAGGUUUGGUUUCUGCAUGAAAAUGCUUUGGCACUAAGGUUAAAACUCAGACCUCUCGCUCUCUCCUCUCUCUCUCUAUCUCUCUCAUAAAUAUAUACUCUCGGCUUCAUUCCACUCACUUCGUCCAGUCGCGGUUAACGGACGCGCGGUUGCUAGGAGCUUUAACGGCAGAGCGGCACGGGCUCUCCCCCGCCAUUUCCUCGUGUCGAGCCCUGGAAUGUCGAGUAGCGGCUCGGGCUCUUCCUCGCGGAAGGAGUUCGAUGUGAAACAAAUCCUCAGGAUCCGAUGGAGGUGGUUCGGUCACCCCUCGGUCCCUCCGCCUCAGUCCCCGCCGCUGGGAGACUACUUCGCCGGGAGGAGGGCGGGUGGCACCUCCGGAGAUGGACCUUCAGUAAGCGGCUCUAGCACCUCCAAUUCAGCCAGCGCGAACCCUAGCUCCGAGAGUCACAGCGGGCUGGUGGCCAGCGGCAGCGCCGGGUCUAACCUGUGUCACGGUGCCAACAGAAAGUUUGGUGAUCCGCCCGGGAGUCGGGGCGGUCCGGGUGGAGCGGCAGCAGGAGCCACGGGGAGCUCCUGUCCCCGGUCCUUCAGCCAGCCAGAGUGCAGGAGCCCCGCUGCCGCGCUGUCGUGGGUCUCUCCGCCGCCUCAUCGUCGCUCCCGUCCGGGUACAAGCAUGGAUCCCCCCGGAGAGGCUCCGGUGCUGCCGCUGGUACCCGAGCCACCCGCUCCUGUCAGCGUGGAGGAGGAGGCGGCGGCACUGGCAGCUUCGGGCACCGAGGAGAACAAUAACCACCUGGAAACCGACUCCAGCUCCUGCAGGACGUCCAACAGCAGCGCCACACUUUCCUCAUGCGUGUCGAUGGAGCCAUGUGCAUGUCCAGAGGAUUGUAUGUUCACGGCUCUGUCCCACGCCGAUGUCACCUUCCGCAAAAUGGAGGGCCACCUGAGGUCCCGGCAGCUGUGUGAUGUCACACUGGUGGCUGGAGAAAGGCGGAUACCUGCACACAGGCUGGUCCUCUCAUCCGUGUCCGACUACUUUGCCGCCAUGUUCACCAGUGAUGUGAGGGAGGCCAAGCAGGACGAGGUGAAGAUGGAAGGAGUGGACCCUGAUGCAUUGUGGGCCCUGGUGCAGUAUGCAUACACAGGCCGUCUGGAGUUGAGGGAGGACACCAUUGAGUCCCUGCUGUCAGCCUCCUGCCUGCUGCAGCUGUCCUCUGUGGUUCAGGCCUGCUGUUCGUUCCUCAUGAAGCAGCUCCAUCCCUCCAACUGUCUGGGUAUCCGCUCCUACGCCGACGCUCAGGGCUGCAACGACCUUCAGAGGGCCGCUCACUCCUACACCAUGGAAAACUUUUUAGAGGUGGUAGGAGGCCAGGAGUUCCUGUUGCUCCCAUUGGACGAGAUGGAGAGGUUGCUCACCUGUGAGGACUUAAAUGUGCCAGACGAGGAAACCGUGGUAACCUCUUUGCUAACAUGGGUUAGUCACGACACCACCACACGAGAGAGCCACCUUCCUUCUCUGUUGGCACACAUCCGACUGCCGCUGCUGCAGCCACAGUUCUUGGCAGACCUGGAGUCCAACCCUCUGCUGCGGGACAGCAUGGAGUGCCAGCGGCUGCUGAUGGAGGGGAUGAAGUAUCACCUCUUGCCUCAGCGGCAGCCCCUGCUGCAGAGCCCCCGUACCCGACCCCGCAAAGCCACUGUGGGGGCCAUGUUCGCUGUGGGGGGCAUGGACGCCACAAAAGGGGCUACCAGUAUCGAGCAGUACUGUCUGCGUCAGGACACGUGGAGGCAGGUGGCCAUCAUGAGUGGACGGAGGCUGCAGUUUGGUGUAGCGGUCCUUGACGGCCGUCUCUACGUGGUGGGGGGCCGAGACGGACUCAAGACCCUCAACACUGUGGAGUGCUACAACCCGCACAACAAAGCCUGGAGCGUCAUGCCUCCCAUGUCCACACACAGGCAUGGCCUAGGUGUAGCCGUCCUAGAGGGGCCCAUGUAUGCAGUAGGAGGACAUGAUGGCUGGAGCUACCUCAGCACAGUGGAAAGGUGGGACCCCCAAGCUCGCCAGUGGAGCUUUGUUGCAAGUAUGGCUACACCCAGAAGCACAGUGGGAGUAGCUGUACUCAAUGGAAAGCUGUACGCAGUCGGAGGUCGUGACGGCUCAUCCUGCCUGCGAUCAGUGGAAUGUUUCGACCCCCACACCAACAGGUGGAGUGCUUGUGCUCCUAUGGCUAAAAGGCGUGGAGGUGUGGGCGUGGCCACGUGGCACGGCUUCCUGUACGCCAUCGGGGGUCACGAUGCUCCGGCCUCAUCCCUCGCAUCUCGGCUCAGUGACUGUGUAGAGAGGUAUGACCCGCAGACAGAUGUGUGGACGGCAGUUGCACCCAUGAGCAUCAGCAGAGACGCGGUUGGUGUUUGUCUCCUUGGCGACCGCCUCUACGCUGUGGGCGGUUAUGACGGCCAGGUGUAUCUCAAUACUGUAGAAGCGUACGACCCUCAGACAAACGAAUGGACACAGGUAGCACCUCUGUGUCUUGGAAGGGCAGGAGCAUGCGUGGUGACCGUCAGACUCUGAAAACACUAUGCUAGAUUGUGCAUGUGGCUCUGAGACCCUCAGUGUACCGCUACUGGUCAAGAAACCAUCUGCCUGCCAUCGUGUGACCAACGCCGGGAAGUUAGAGACUGAUGACACACUUCGGCGGAGUCAGAUUGAGCUGCCUUUCAUUUAUUUUAAUGUUUAUGUUUGGGUAAGCGUUAAAUCGUGUGUCAGGUUUCUGAAAACGUUUAGGAUUUGAACAUCCUGAUAACAUAUGCCACAGAAGUGAACCGCCAUCGACACCCAUGAUGAAGAGGAAUAUAGUGUUUAUCUGAGCAUGAAGGAACACCUGUCGUCUCGCAGCAUAUUUUCUUGCUUAUUAUUUUGUUCCUGCAGACAAGGCGGGACACACAUGCACAAAAACCUACAUGGUUGCUUUCAGCUUCUAUUUCUGCUGACAGAAAGGUGAGAGAGACAGAGAGAUAUUGUCAAGAGACUGUUCGCGGGGCUUGAUCCUUUUACGCUCUGGUUUCUCCUAACAAUAUCUGAUGCCUUGCAUUGAUGCUAUUUUAAUAUAGUCCCUAUUAUUUUAUGCUGCAGUCGGCGAGUUGCUCUCCUCUUUCUUUCCGUUUCCUGCCUGCUGACAGAUGAAAGAAAGACUUUUGACAUAAUCAGCACAAGCUUAUGAAGGGCCCUGAAACUGUGACACACUUGUUUCUUUUCAGUCAAAAACAUAUCAUAAUGCUUUUUUUCUAAUGUUUAUGUUUACGUCUUCCUUGUUGCAUCAGCUCACAUCUGGAGCAUACAGUAUACUGUGACAUCUAUUUUAUUGUAGCUUUUCUUACAAUCUACAAUGAUAUCAUAUCCGUUCUCAUAGUUGAGGUCCAUUUAGCACUGCUAUUAGGUUUAUAACCAGAGAAGUAAUAAUAAUAAUACAAGUAACUGGCCACAGGGUCAGCUAUCAGUAUAAAGUGUGUGUGUGUGUGUGUGUGUGUGUGUGUGUGUGUGUGUGUGUGUGUGUGUGUGUGUGUGUGUGUGUGUGUGUGUGUGUGUGUGUGUGUGUGUGUGUGUGUAAGCAGCCUUCCUGUCUGAACUGACAUAUCUAGAGCUAAUGUAGCCCCCAGGAUGCACUUCACAAAUACACGGACAUAUCACACACACACACACACAUACAAUGACACACUUAACCACACAGCUGAAAGCCACGUGCCCCAGGAGCCAGUGAAGAUUGAACAGCCUUCCAGAUUUGCAGGCAUGAUAUCUUAAAAGCAGAGACUGUAGGCUAGCGAUUCCCCACAGCUGAGCCGAUGUUUAUUCAAGCCUAAUGCACUGCUGCAUUAUUCUAUUUUCUUCGCCUUCAUACAGCUGCUUAUUUAGAGAGUCAUUCUCUUUAGAUCAGAGCAGAAGAAGUGUGUCACCUCCACUGUGUAGAGGUAGUCAGAGAGUUUGAUCUCAGUCAGAGGUUAAAAAUAAAGACUGACAUUCCAAAUCAUGUUAUAUAUUCUGUGUAUAUUCUGUACAUAAAUAAAUAUCAAAUCUGUAUGUAGUCUAAUUGCAUUAUGCUGUAUAUUAUACAGCGCCAAAUAAAUCUAUCAUGUGUUAUUGUGCGUUUCUGUUUUGUAUUAUGAAUUGAGAUGAAGCCGGGGUGUAAUAAAGUGACACUGAGAAAUG